AGCCAUUGUCCCGCGCGCGGAUGCCUGCUGUCGCCACGCACCUGGGCUCGGAGCUCAGGCCCUCAGGCCCCUGCCUGUGCCUGAAGGAGAGCAUGGAAGAGCGGGAUGAGAAGCCCCCAGGGCCCCUGAAGACCGGUGCGCAGGACUCUCUCCUUCCUCCAGAGAGUAUCGUCAAGGUUGAGAAAGAAGAUGCCGGGUCACUGGCCCUUCCAUCCCCGGAAGGAGAGAACUUCAAAAUUGUGACUGUGGACUUCACUCAGAAGGAAGAAGGCACUUUGAACCCUGUUCAGAGGACCCUGGACAGAGAUGUGAACCUAGAGAACCACAGGGACCUGGUCUCUUGGGACUUGGCAACUGCACUUGGAAGAAGAGAAUCAAUAUCAAAGCAGAACAUUUUUGAUGACGAACCAUUCCACGGAGUGAAGUUAGAAAGGUUGACAAGAGAUGAUCCUUGGUUAGCUUCAUGUGAAGAAGUUCGGGAUUGUAAGGACCAGUUGGAGAAGCAACAGGAAAAACAAGAGAGACUUUUGAAAGAAAUGGCCUUUACUCACAGGAAAGCUAUUACUUAUGAGAGAGUCUGUAAAAAUGAUGAACUUGAGGAGAAGAGUGGUCUGAAUCCCACUCUUCUCUCACCCCAGAUGAUAUCCAUAAGAAACCAUUUUCAUAAACAUGCCUCACAUGUAAAAAAAUUGCAUUAUAAUCCUAUUGUUAACAGUCAUCAGAUGAUUCAUGACAGUGAGAAACUCUGUGACAGUAAUGAAUGUGGAAACCCCCACCAGAACAUUCACCUUAUUCAGUUUACAAGAACUCAAACAGAGGCUAAAUCGUAUGGAUUUAGUGACAGUAUUCAAUCUUUUAGCAAUGAUGUACCCUUAAAUAUACAUGAGAAAAUACAUGCCAGAGGAAGAUCCUUUGACUUUGAGGAAUGUGGGCAAGUUUUGAACCACAGUAUAUCCCAUAAUGAACAACAGAGAAUCCCUGUUGAAGAGAGUCAAUAUAACUGUAGUAAAACCUCCCAGAGUUCAUCCAUUGCUCAAAACAUGAGAAAUUCUGAAGAGAAACCCUUUGAAUGUAAUCAGUGUGGGAAAUCCUUCAGCUGGAGCUCUCAUCUUGUUGCACAUCAGAGAACUCACACAGGGGAGAAACCUUAUGAAUGUAACGAGUGUGGGAAAUCCUUUAGCCGGAGCUCUCACCUUGUUUCUCACCAGAGAACUCAUACUGGAGAGAAACCUUACAGAUGUAAUCAGUGUGGGAAGUCUUUUAGCCAGAGCUAUGUUCUUGUUGUGCAUCAGAGAACUCAUACUGGAGAGAAGCCUUAUGAAUGCAAUCAAUGUGGAAAGUCCUUCAGGCAGAGCUACAAACUUAUUGCACAUCAAAGAACUCACACUGGAGAGAAGCCCUAUGAAUGCAGUCAGUGUGGGAAGUCGUUCAUCCAGAGCUAUAAACUUAUUGCACAUCAAAGAAUUCAUACUGGCGAGAAACCCUAUGAAUGCAAUCAAUGUGGAAAGUCCUUUAGUCAGAGUUACAAACUUGUUGCCCAUCAGAGAACUCACACAGGAGAAAAACCCUUUGAAUGUAAUCAGUGUGGGAAAUCCUUCAGCUGGAGCUCUCAGCUUGUUGCACAUCAAAGAACUCACACUGGGGAGAAACCCUAUGAAUGUAAUGAGUGUGGAAAAUCUUUCAACCGCAGCUCUCACCUUGUCAUGCAUCAGAGAACUCAUACUGGAGAAAAACCCUACGAAUGUAAUCAGUGUGGGAAGUCUUUUAGUCAGAGUUACGUUCUUGUUGUACAUCAGAGAACUCAUACUGGAGAAAAGCCCUAUGAAUGCAAUCAGUGUGGGAAGUCCUUCAGGCAGAGUUCAUGCCUUACUCAACAUCAAAGAACUCAUACUGGGGAGAAACCCUAUGAAUGCAAUCAGUGUGGAAAAACAUUCAGCUUGAGUGCUCGACUCAUUGUACAUCAAAGAACUCAUACUGGAGAAAAGCCCUUUACGUGUAAUCAGUGUGGGAAAGCUUUCAUUAAUAGUUCUAAACUUAUUAGGCAUCAGGCAACGCAUACUGAGGAGAAACCCUAUGAAUGAAUGUAACGAGUUUGGAAAUCUUUUAGCCAGAGUAUAUUUCUUUUUCCUUUCCUUUUCCUUUUUCUUGCAUUUCUUCCUCCCUCCCUCUUUCUCUUCCUCUUUCUCUU